UGUACAAUCUUUUAAUCACGUAUGAAAUAAGUUGUAUAUCUUGGGGCUAUUGGCAUCACGGGGCCGAUACCUCCCCAAACGUCCAGCCUUUUAAAUUACGUUGUGGUGAACUACUGAAAGGGGCUGUUGGCUUGAAGGAGAUUGGAUUACUCGCUAGAUACCAAGCCAUUCCAUUGGGAGACUUAAGCACCUUUUACUAGAGGCUGUUGGCUUGAAUGAGGGCAGAAAAUCCACUAGAUUCAGAGGAUGGCAGGUGGAUCCACCCUUCACAAAGGGAAAUCCAUCGCAUUUAGGUUCAGAAAAAAAUCAUUUAUUGAUAGAUGAGGGGGACUGAGGAGGAAAAAGGCACUCGAUUGUCUGGCGGUGGUGGGUAUACAUAAUCAUGCAUGGAUCAAACCGGGAAAAUUCAGUUAUGGUUCCACAGUGCUAAGGUCACGACCCUCUCUCAAGCUUGGACAUGUAUUGCAUUCACGCGGUGCACAUGCAGUACAAGAGUGGUUAUUGUACAAUAAAAAAACUGGGCACAAUAGGUACUGCACACAACAACGCACCCUUUCAACCCCACUUGACCUUGACAGACGCCAAGUGCGCUAUUCUGUCUGUUCCAGAAUUUACUGACUCUUCGUUGAAUGCAUUCAGUUCCGAAGAAACAUACAUUUUUUCAACCAAAUCGUUGAUUUUGGGGCAUUUAGGGAAAGAUCCAAUCCCGGUAAGAAUGAUUUGGAAACACUAACCCAGCAAGCAUGGCUAAUUGAAGGCGUUUAUCGUUACGAAUUUCAUUAUCAAAUCCGACUCUGUCGGUUAGUCUCUUAAACCAUGUCAAGUUUCAUUUUUUCUCUCCUGGCAACAAAUGGCAGCAGACAUUUUGAAUUUCUUCUCCUUGUUUACAGGUAAGAAAUCAACUGCAAUUUUGAGGCGGUAACGGAGGGUCCAACCUGUUGAAGGCAGUGCCCGUUUUCAAGCUAUUAUCCAUCCACCAUGGCUUCGCUGCGCAGCUUGACGGAUGAUACAGAUCUCUAUUACCAGGCCUUUGCUAUCUACCGUCAGAUCGGCGACGGGGAAAACAUUAUGGCCGGUUGGGUUGAUUCUAAACUGAGUGAGACAGUCAGCGGUUGGAGCGUCAGCCUGAGCGGCCAGGAACCGUUGAAAGUUCUCAGCAUCGGACCAGGAGAAGGUUAUACUGAAAGCAGGAUUAUUAGAGUUCUCCGCAGCUGCAGACAGCCCCAUCAUAUCGUCCAUGCGACCAUCGUAGAGCCCGCUGCUGAGAUGGUGAACAAGUACAAAGAGCGCAUUGCUGAUCAGGCAUCGGAGCUGCCGGACGUGGCUUACGACUGGAGGGUGCAGACCUUGGAAGACUUCCAAGCCACACCCACCAACUACGAUGCGAGGUUCCAUUUCAUCAGUAGUGUGCAUUCUAUCUACUACGUGCCGGACCUCGAGACAUCUCUCAAGGAUCUCUACGACCGGUUGGAACCAGGAGGGAUAAUGCUGAUUGUAGUAGUGUCAGAUGACUCUGGUAUGGGCCAGCUGGGGAAGAAUGAUCCACGGAUGCAUAAAACAAAGGACCAGCACCCAACAUCCUUCGACAUCCAGGUAGCGUGUGCCAGUCAGGGCAUCCCUGUGGCCCAGGAGCUUCGAAUCAAUGAGCGUUUCAACAUCAACCUCUGUCUGUGUGAGCCCAAAGAUCUCUCAACGGACGGCCGGUUGCUGCUCGACUUCUUAACCCAUGUGGCCAACUUCGUGCGGGAUGCCCCUCCUGAUCUUCAGCGUGAAGUCCAGGAGUGUCUGGCGAAUGCCAAGUACUCGGAGAAGGGAGAUGAGGGUGAGGUUAUCUUCAGAGCAGACUCAAAGGCCUUCAUUAUCAAAAAAUGAAGAUGAUAGACAAACAAUCUGCUCUAGAAAGCUGUUGUCACAGAAAGGCUUCGAAGUUUAGUAGCUUUUGUAUAACCACAUAUAAUCAUAAUUUCUUGCAUAUGUUGUCAGUCCAAGAUUCCAACUCUUUUUUCUUUGUGCAUAAUCUGUCUUUAAAAAGUAUCUUCAAGUCUAAUAGACAAGUGGUAAUCUGAAUUACGUAUGCCAACAUCAGACUGGAUGCUGAAUUUAUGACAAAUGUAACCUUUUAGCCAAUUGAUAAUUCUGCAAUUUCGAUGAAAUCGUGACAUUGAUUAUGCCUGCCUUUGAAUGUUAUCCUGUUGUAUACUGAACCAUUCUUAAGUUCUUGAUGAGUGCAAUUCUUAGCUAAAAUUAAGCAACACUUUAAACCAUUAAAGUAUCUCAAUGAGAAUUGGCAAAUUGCAGGAUAUUAUACAACAUAUUCUUUGUUAACAGACUCUACUAUUCUUAGCUCUAAUCCUCUUCAGUUUUAGAUAAGUGGGCAUAUACU